AUGCGUACGUCCCGAUGGUGUGGCCAGGAUCGCUUGUGUGCAACGCAGAUGACAAGGCAAAGGGAUCAUGUUUGUGAUAUGCUGAAUCUUGUUACCAUCCUCCUGGUGCAGGGUCUUUUGCUGGUUAUCCUAACAUUUGUCUGUGUGUUGACAAAGGAAUCUGUAGAAAUUGCUCCAGUGCCAUAUACACUGCAAGUCCAUCGGGUAGCUUUGGAUGGAAGAGACCCCUCUAACACCUUGAGGAGAGAAAAGAGGCAGGUGCAGUGUCAACUAGGACAAUACCUACAUCCCAGAGAGACCCACUGCUGCAUGAGGUGCCAUGCAGGUACCUACAAGGCAAAAGACUGUGAUCGGCCUGACCAGGCACCUGUCUGUCUUCCGUGUGCUAACGGCACAUUCACAGCUGUUGAUAACACCAUGUCUAAAUGCUUCCAGUGUACACAUUGCCGUACAGAAUUCCAGCAGAUAGUAGAGACCCCCUGCACCCCAAAGCAAGAUACUGUAUGCGGCUGUCGGAAGAAUCAGUAUCAGACUGGCCUGUCCGAUCUCUUCCAGUGUAGGAACUGCAGCUCCUGCCCCAAUGGGAUUAUUGCCAACUGUUCAAAGAACAGAGACACAAUUUGCAGGUGUAAGCCUCGAUUCUUCCUGACGCUUAGUAAUGUUUGCAAGCCUUGCAACAGCUGCAUUGGAGAAGAAUGCUUGCAGUGUCAUAGCCCAGUGACUACCUCACCGACUUCGUCUGGGCCGAAUGGGAGUCUUGUCCUUGGCAUCAUUGUUGCCAUAUUUGGAGUUAUCUUUGUCCUCUGCAUUGUAAAUAAAGUAGUGAAGCUGGUCCAGGAAAAUGGGAUAGCAUCAUCUUUCUACUCCUGUGUUUCUUUGCCGCAGACAAACAAGGACCCUGUGUCUGAGGUGGAGUUAAAAAGAAGAGAAACUUCCAUCCUUCUUCCCGAGUCCCAGAAGGAAACAGAAUUGUCAGUGAAUGCAACACCACCACCUGCACCUCUGCUGCAAAGUUCACAUGAGUUACCAGACUGUGUCAGACCUGCCAGGAAGACACAGCUUCCAGACAACCCUGCUAUUCUCUACACUGUGGUAGAUCAUGUACCACCAUCUCGGUGGAAAGAGUUUGUGAGGCGUCUGGGUCUAAGUGACUAUGAUCUAGAGCGAAUUGAGAUGGAGCAUCGGCGUUUACGAGAUGCCCAGUAUGAAAUGCUUAGACUGUGGAAACUGCAGAUGGGCCAUGCUGCAACCGUGGAGCACAUCAGCUGUGUUCUCAACCAGAUGGAGCUGAGUGGCUGCAGUGAAGCUAUUCAAGAGGCUUUGCUAAACCAGAACUCUCCUCAAUCUUGUAGCCUCCACAGCCAUCUUUAA